UUUUCUUUUUUAUAUACAAAACACAAACUCUGAAACGAUCGAAAUCAACUGAACCUGCAAAAUCUAUCUAACAUGAAAAAUGACGUUUUCAUUGCCUUUUUCCCAUCGCAGUAUUCCACANAGUAGUGAUGGAUGUUAUGGUAAAAUAUGCAUUUGACAAAAAUGAUGAUUCUAGAGAUUUCCACUUUAAAUUUGAUUAUAGUUAGAUAAAGACCUAUGCCCCCACCAUGUUGCUGCCUCUAUAAAACCCAAGCUUAACUCAAACGGAUCAUUCAUUGACUUGAAAACCCUUCAAAGCAAACGCAUUAUUCUUCUUCCACCCAUCACAUUUCCUCAUUUCCAUAAAAACAGCCAUAGCGUGAACUCAGAGAGAGAGAGAGAGAGAGAGAGAGAGUUGCUACGUGUGUAUGGAGAUCAUUGCUGUUUUCUUAUGCAUUUUCUUUUUCUUCUCAUCCCUUCUUUCUUAUCCAUUAAUAAAGAAGCAGAAGAAACCUCAACAAAUACCUAAGCCGAAGCUUCCCCCUGGUUCAAUGGGUUGGCCUUACAUAGGAGAGACCCUUCAACUCUAUUCUCAGGACCCUAACAUCUUCUUUGCAUCUAAGCAAAAAAGAUAUGGAGAAAUCUUUAAGACACACAUACUAGGUUGUCCAUGCGUGAUGUUGGCCAGCCCCGAGGCUGCACGUUUUGUGUUGGUGACUCAUGCUCACUUGUUCAAGCCCACAUACCCCAAAAGCAAAGAGAAGCUAAUAGGCCCUUCUGCAUUGUUCUUUCACCAAGGAGAAUACCACACUCGCAUCAGGAAGCUGGUGCAAACCUCUCUUUCUCCUGAAACCAUUCGGAAACUCAUCCCAGACAUCGAAACUGAGGUUGUUUCAUCCUUGGAAUCGUGGGUUUCCGCUGGACAACUCAUCAACGCUUUCCAAGAAAUGAAAAAGUUCUCUUUCAAUAUUGGCAUCCUCUCUGUCUUUGGACACUUGGAACCCAAAUAUAGAGACCAGCUUAAGGAAAACUACUGCAUAGUGGAGAAAGGGUACAACUCUUUUCCAAACAGGAUACCUGGAACUGCAUACUCAAAAGCACUUUUGGCAAGGAGGAGAAUCAGAGAGAUCAUAAGUGAUAUAAUCAGCAAGAGAAAGGAGCAGAGAUUGGUGGAUAAGGAUCUGUUAGGCCACUUGCUGAACUACAAGGAUGAAAAGGGACAAUCAGCAAGUGACGACCAAAUUGCAGAUAAUGUAAUUGGGGUACUGUUUGCAGCUCAGGAUACUACAGCAAGUGUUCUAACAUGGAUUCUCAAGUAUCUUCACGAUGACCAGAAACUUCUUGAAGCAGUAAAAGCAGAACAAAUGGCAGUGUAUGAAGCUAAUGAUCAAGGGAAGAAGCCAUUGACAUGGAGUCAGACCAGAAAUAUGCCAAUUACUCAUAGGGUAAUUUUGGAAAGCCUUAGGAUGGCAAGUAUCAUUUCAUUUACUUUUAGGGAAGCUGUGGUUGAUGUGGUGUACAAAGGUUAUCUUAUACCCAAGGGUUGGAAAGUCAUGCCACUGUUCAGGAACAUCCAUCAUAAUCCAGAAUUCCACCCUUCUCCUCACAAUUUUGACCCAUCAAGGUUUGAGGUUGCUCCAAAGCCCAAUACUUUCAUGCCAUUUGGCAAUGGAGUGCAUUCUUGUCCAGGAAAUGAGCUUGCCAAAUUGAACAUGUUCAUUUUGAUUCAUCAUCUAGUAACAAAAUAUAGGUGGGAGGUUGUGGGAUAUCAGAACGGAAUCCAAUAUAGUCCAUUCCCAGUCCCUAUGUAUGGUCUACCAACAAGAUUUUGGAGAAACCAUUGGAAUCAAAGAUGAUCAUAGAUCAUAUCAUAAAAGCUUCCAUUGUUCAUCAUAUAUAUUCAACUUUUUGGAAUUCCUUGCCACCCAUUGAUUCCUCCUCCUUAACCCAAAACAACCUCACCUCCUAUUUUAAAGCGAGGACCCAAGUAACAUCAUGUUUAUCCUAUUUGUAAAUGGUGGCAUAGCUUAGUACAAUUAAUUAGUCUGGGUGUGUAAGUUGUUUCAAUAAUAAAUGUUAUCAACUAAUGGUAAUUUUAGUUCAUCAUCACCUCUAUUCAAUGGUCCUAUAAUACAGUAUAA